UUUGUUUUGAGUUUUGAUACAUAUUUCAAAAUAAUUUUAUUUCUUACUUAUUUCUAAUAGUAAUGUUAAAUUUUAUAAUGGGUUUAAUAUUGAUGCACAAUUAAACUAAUGUAUUAGAGCAAACAAUUAAAAAUGGCGUGUUAAAAUAAGUAAAAAUAUAAUACGUACUUGAAGCAAAAAUUACAAUGCGUCGAGGUUGGAGAGGACGGUACAGAAAUAAUUGGAACAGGAGUAAUAAAAGCAAUAACGGCCCCUGUCGUAGUGAUGGUAGUCGUAGUUUCAAUACCUCUACAUUAUCUGGUAGUGGUGCGUCAACGUCGGCGUCUUCGAGAGCUCCUGCUAAUCAAGCUCCUAUAACAAUACCCAUUCAUUCAGACAAAAAUGUUUGCAAACUGUAUUUUCCUACAGAAGGGGAUCCACCAAACACUGAUGUAAAAGAAAAUAUUAAAACAUUCAAAAGUUAUAUAGAAAAGAAUAGAAGUUUAUUUGAUUUGGAAAAAAUUGACCAAAACCGCAGCGUCUCCUUAGAUGUACAAGCACUGUUCAGUGAUGAAGAAUUCAAAAACAAGUGGUCAACUUUCCAAACAGAUCUAUUUGAAAAACCUGAAACAACCUUAAGGAUUUUAGAAUUUAGUUUACAUGAAACACUCAAAUGUGAGUACAGAAUCCGGGUCAGAAUAUUAAACCAUGAACCUGUUAUUGCUAUUGCCAAUCUUAAAGUUAACUAUUUUGGGAAGUUAGUAACAAUAAAGGGCACAGUGAUAAGAAUUGGCAGUGUUGGCCUAAUAUGCAACUCCAUGGCCUUUGAGUGCAGCAGUUGUCAAAGUGUACAAGCUGUCAUGCAACCACAAGGUCUAUUUACAGCACCAAAUUUGUGUCAAAGCUGCAAAAGUGGUCACAAGUUUGAGCCCCUACUAUCGUCCCCUUUCACAAAUACCAUGGACUGGCAAGUUGCUAAAAUACAAGAAAUACAGUCACAGAGUUUAUCUGGCACCAUUCCUAGAACCGUUGAAAUAGAGCUUCAAGGUGAUCUUGUUGGCACUGCAUGUCCGGGUGAUGUACUUUCUGUCACUGGCAUUGUACAGGUUCGAGGAGAAAGUAAAGGCGGUGAAGAUGGGCGAAGGGCAGCGCGACUGUUGCAGUUGUAUGUGGAGGCUGUUUCCAUACACAGUCAGAGGAAUCUCAGCAACCCUACUUUGUCAUUUACGCUGAAGGAUUACUACGCAAUCCAGGAAAUCCAUGCCUCAGAGGAUGUAUUCAGACUUCUGGUACACUCUCUGUGCCCCUCCAUAUUCGGCCACGACGCAGUCAAGGCGGGCCUCAUACUGGGCUUGAUGGGCGGCACGGAGACCGACAGCGGCACGCGCUGCAACCCGCAUGUGCUGGUGGUGGGGGACCCGGGGCUGGGCAAGUCGCAGCUGCUGCAGGCGGCGGCUCACGCUGCUCCUAGAGGCGUAUACGUAUGUGGCGCUUCGGCGUCAGCGGGCGGCUUGACCGUGGCGCUGGGCCGCGAGGCGGGCGGGGACUUCGCCCUGGAGGCCGGCGCCCUAGUGCUGGCAGAUAGGGGUGUGUGUUGUGUGGACGAGCUAGACAAGAUGACGACUCAUCACAGCAGCCUGCUAGAGGCCAUGGAGCAGCGGCGAGUGAGCGUCGCCAAGGGGGGCGUGGUUUGCAGUCUGGCUGCGCGAGCCACGGUGCUGGCCGCAGCCAACCCCGCCGCUGGGAGCUACAACAGGUGCGAUGCUAUUGUACAAUUUGUGUACAUGACGGUUCAUCACAGCAGCCUGCUAGAGGCCAUGGAGCAGCGGCGAGUGAGCGUCGCCAAGGGGGGCGUAGUUUGCAGUCUGGCUGCGCGAGCCACGGUGCUGGCCGCAGCCAACCCCGCCGCUGGGAGCUACAACAGGUGCGAUGCUAUUGUACAAUUUGUGUACAUGACGGUUCAUCACAGCAGCCUGCUAGAAGAGGCCAUGGAGCAGCGGCGAGUGAGCGUCGCCAAGGGGGGCGUAGUUUGCAGUCUGGCUGCGCGAGCCACGGUGCUGGCCGCAGCCAACCCCGCCGCUGGGAGCUACAACAGAUCUAAAACUGUGGCUGAAAACUUGAAACUCAACUCUGCAUUGUUAUCGAGAUUCGAUUUAGUGUUUAUCUUAUUAGAUCAGCCAGACGAGAAAAUAGACGCCAUGUUAUCUGAGCAUGUGUUGGCACUACAUUCGGGCUCAAACAAUAAGCGGAAAGCGGGCACUAGUUCUAGCAAAAAUAAUGCUGAUAUUGAAUCGAGUCAGACGGAUGAUGAUAUUUCGUUAAGCAAAAGACUACGCCUCAAACCCGGCGAAGUGAUCGACACUUUGCCAUUAGUUUUACUCCGCAAAUACAUAGCGUACGCAAGGAGGUACGUGCACCCCAAGCUGAGCGCGGAGGCGGCCAGCUUGCUGCGGAACUUCUACCUGGAGCUGCGGCAGAAUCAUCAGGGCGUCUGUAAUGAUGGCGCGCCGAUCACCACCAGGCAGCUUGAGGCUUGCAUUAGACUGACACAGGCUCGCGCGAGGGUGGAUCUACGCGAGGAGGCGACAGCUCGGGAUGCGAAUGACGUCAUAAGCCUGGUAAAGCACAGCCUAGUGGACACGUUUUCUGAUGAAUUCGGCAACAUACAACUGUCGCGAUCUAUCAACGGAUCUGGCGUCAGCUCACGCUGUAAGGUUAAGAAAUUUCUAGAAGUUUUGGGUAGGCGAUCUCAUCAGCUAGGCAAAGAUGUGUUCACCAGACAGGAGUUAAAAGAUAUACACAAAUCUGCAGGCAUCGCUGGCGAUCCGAACGAUCUCAUCGAAGCUAUGCACAUCCAUUCAUACUUAUUGCUCAAGGGUCCUAACACUUAUCAGUUAGUUGCCAUGUAAAUGAUUAUUUCUUAUUAAUAAAUUA